AUGUUUCCUGUGAAGCGCUGGGACGGCCUUCACGAGGCGCUCCCCUCGUCGUACCUCCACUCCUCCACUCCGCCGCUCAAGCCUCCGCCCACCUUUCCGCUCACUCCCGCUUCCGCCCCGCCGUUUCCCGUGCUUAAAAGUUUUGAGAAGCCUUUCGGCGGCGAGAAGGCUGAUCGGUUAACGGAGAGCAUUGAUCAGAGCAAAGUUGGGGGAAAGAGAAUUGGAGGAUCGAAUGUCGUUGGCGGAGGCGUCGAAAGAGCUAAGAACGAUACUUCUGCGGCGGAGAUUGCGGGAGGAAGCGUUAGUGAAACGAAGAAGCAGAGGAGGAAUAAGGGAAAGCGGGAGGUAGAGGAAAGGGGUGCGGAAGGUGCGAGUGCUCCGAAUGCGACGGUAAAAGACUCGCACGGCGUCGCACGUGACGUGGCGGGAGAGCAGGCAGGGAAUGCGCUAGGUGGCGAGGGCGGGGGUUCGGGGUUCGCACUAGAUGCAGCACAAGGGCUUAGAGAUGGCAGUGGAGAGGUGGCACAGGGAGCUCCAGUGGGUAGGGGGAAGGAGAAGAAGAGGAAACGGAGGCGGGAGGAUGUUGGGAGUGCGAGCUGUGCUGCGGCUCAAAGCGGUGGGGAGAGGGAAGGUGAAGCAGGGGGCGGAGGAGGGUUUGAGCGAGGUUCAGGGUUUGGGGGUGUAGCGCAUGCGGAGCAGGAAGACUCGGAACAGAGAGCGGGUUUGGGGGAUGGCGAGGGAAAGGCGAAAAGGAAAAAUGAGCGGAAGGGGAAGGGGGCUGGGCGAGGGAAGCAGGAUGGGGCCAUGGAUGGGGCCACGGAUGGUGGGGAAGACACGGUGGUGGUGGCAGCAAACGAGGCAGCGGAGGGCGAUGGAGCGACGGAGAGGGGCGCAGAGGGCAACGGAGCAGGGGACGAUGGUGACGAUGGGGUUGUGGGCGCAGAGGCGGCGCUUCAGGCACCUUUUAAACCGCAAGCAGCAGCAAAAAAGGGAGGGGGGGGCGGAGGGGCAGGGGGAGGGGGAGGUGCGGUGCUGCCGUGGAUGCGGGCGCCAGUGAAGUGCUCCACAGCUGAUGCCGUUCCUCUAGCCUCGCAAAAUCUCCGUUUCCUUCCCCCACAUCCCCUCUUGCACGCCCCUCCGCCCCGCCCAUCCCCGCCUGCCAGCCUCCUGUGCGCCCUCGCCCCGGCUGGCAUUUCUUAUCUCUUUCCCGUGCAAGCCACGGUGUGGCGCGAGCUCUUGGGGUUACCCGGUAACCACUCGCACUCCCACUGUCUUGAGGGUCAGGCACCCAGGAAGGCGAAGGAUGGGGGUAAGGGGGGACGAAAAGGGGGAGGCGCGCAGGCGGAGUGGGAGGGCGGAGAAGAGCGGGAGGUGGCGGGGCUGCGGGCGGCGUCGCACGACUUAUGUGUUUGUGCGCCGACGGGGAGUGGCAAGACACUGGCAUAUGCACUGCCAGUGGUGCAGGCUCUGGCAGGGCGCGUGGUGCGGCGAGUGCGGGCGGUGGUGGUGCUACCCACACGAGACCUGGCUGCUCAGGUGGGUGGCUCCAGCAACUUUACUCUCCCACCGUUGCCCCCUAACUUUACUUGUCUUCCCCCCAACAAACCCUCCCCCAAUCCCUCUCUCUACCUCCUCGCCCCCCACCUGCCAUUCUGCCCACCCCUCCAGGUGAAGCACGUGUUCGACACCAUAGCGCCAGCUGUCGGCCUCUCAGUGGCGCUCAUCAACGGCCAAUCAUCGCUCGCUGACGAGGCGACCCACCUCGUGCAGCACCCCGCCGCCCGUUCCGGCCCCUUGGGCCUCCUCAGCCGCCCCAGCUACAGCCAGGGAAACAGCUACAGCAGUGGGGGCGGCUGUAGCGGGGCGGAUAUCGUGGUGGCAACGCCGGGGCGGCUGGUGGACCAUCUGAGGGGCACUCACGGCUUCUCCCUCUCGCACCUGCAGUUCCUCGUGAGUCCGCUACAGCCGUUGCCUCUGCUACAGCUGUUGCCUCUGCUACAGCUGUUGCCUCUGCUACAGCUGUUGCCUCUGCUACAGCUGUUGCCUCUGCUACAGCUGUUGGCACUGAGGAUUACCGAGGGGCACUCAGGGUUUCUCUCUCGCACAUCUGCAGGUGCUGGUGAGGCUGCUACAACCGUUUUCUCUGCUACAGCUGUGGGGGUCACAGCGGCUGUAGCUCGACUUCACCUUCUCUCUGAGCUUCUCUCUCCCCUGGCCACCCUGCUCCCUCCCGUGUCCCCCCCAUGCGCCCCCCGCCCCUAUCAGGUGGUGGACGAGGUGGACCGUCUGCUCCGCCAGUCCUGCCACAACUGCCUGCCGCUCACCUCACCCUCGCCGCUGGCCCCCAUGCUUCUCUCUGUUCCUCCGCCCCUCUGCCCCCGUGUGCACCCCUUGCCUUGCCCCCCAUCCCCCCCGCGCCCCCCUGCUCCCCCCUUCCCCCAUCAGGUGGUGGACGAGGCGGACCGGCUGCUGCGCCAGUCCUACCACGACUGGCUGCCUCUCACCCUCGCCGCCGCUGCUGCCUCCCCUUCCGCUGGCACCGCUGCCACGUCAGCAGUCGCCGGCAUGCAUGCUGACGUGGCAGUGAGCAUGCCGAGUGUGGGCGGCGUCGUGCAUGCUAGUGCCGGUGGCAGCAUGAGCGGUGCUCUCCCCACUCCGUUCAUUCACGGCCUGCGAUCCCUCGCCCCCUGUGCCCCCGCGCUGCUAUCUGUGCCUGACAUUGAACGGCAUCGAGUCAUCAAGCUAGUGUGCUCUGCCACACUCACCCGCGAUCCCUCCAAGAUCCAACGGCUCAGAUUGCACCGCCCGCUCUUCAUCUCCUCCGCCGCCCACCUGCUCGCCUCCGCCAUGCUCCGCCACGUGGCAGCUGGGGGCACACGCCACGCUGGCACCAUUGCUGACGUGGAGGGUGGUGAUGUGGGUGCUGAAGAGGAAGGGAUGGAGGAGGGCAGGGAGGAGGAGGAGUUGGAGGAGGAGGAGGGGGUGAGACACUACCACUUGCCUCCACAGUUGGUUACUUCCAUGCUGGUGUGUCCGCGUGCGAGUGACAAGCCGCUGCUGCUGGCAGCUUUGCUCAAGAAGCUCACGGCAGGGGAGGAGGCGGGGGCUGGCGCAGGGGAGGGGGGGCAGGAAGGGAAGGGAGAUGCUGCUGCCAGCACUGGUGCUGCUGCCAACACUGCGGCUGAUGCUGCACGUCCCCGGCAGCUGACGCUGGUGUUUGCAUCCUCCCUGCAGGCGGCCCACCGCCUCUUCCUGCUGCUCUCCGCCUUUCCCCCCGCCUCGCUGCCCUUCGCCUUUGCUGAGUUCUCCUCCCGCCAGCCACAGCGCCAGCGCAGUGCCAUUCUGGAUCGGUUUCGGAGGGGCGAGGUGCAGGUGCUGGUGGCCAGUGACGCCAUGACACGUGGCAUGGACGUGGAGGGCGUGUUCAACGUCGUCAGCUACGAUGCACCCGUCUACCCGAAGACUUUUGUUCAUCGGGCAGGCCGAACUGCCCGGGCGGGCAGGCCGGGGCACUGCUACACGAUUCUGAGGAAGCAGGAGGUGCGGCACUUCAAGGCGGUGCUGGGGAAGGUGGGCUGCACAGACUGCCCGCAGGGCAAGGCGCCGUCCCACCUCAUGGAGGGGCUCAGAGAGCACUACGAUGCCGGGAGUGAAUGUGUGCAUGGGGGAGUGAAUGUGCAUGGGGGUGUGAAUGUGCAUGGGGGAGUGAAUGUGCAUGGGGGAGUGAAUGUGCAUGGGGAAGUGAAUGUGCAUGGGGGAGUGAAUGUGCAUGGGGAAGUGCACGUGUGCAUGGGGGAGUGCAUGUCUGCAUGGGGGAUUUCACAUCUCUCAUCUGUCCCUCCUCACACCUCUAUCUUGCUCACUCCCCCCUCUCACAUCUCUCCCUCUUACACCUCCUCCCUCUCAUCUGUCCCCCUCCGUUCUCCUUGCGUGCAAGAGUGCCUCCCGACAGUGAUGGCUGGUGGGGUGAUGCGGUCGGCACCUCCAUCGCUCCAUCCUCAUCCACUCUCUCACACCUCUCUCUCCUCACGCCUUCUUCCUGUUCCGCUUUCCCCCUCGCAAACCUCCUCGCCUGCAGCAUUGGAGCGCCUCAAGGCAGUGGUGGGGGAGGAGGAGCGAAGAGGCAAGUGA